AUGUCGCCGCUAGCACUGGAAGCCGAGGACUCGAACCCGGCGAACUCCAACCCCACCUCACCACCCCCGGUAGUCCCUGCGCCCACUGCUAUCGCGGCUGAUCUCGACAACGGACCUGCUCCUGCUGUACAGUAUCCUGCCGGAAUCUUUCCCAAUGGUGGCAGAGCCCCUGUGGUCGACGGCGUUCUGGCCGGAGGCAACGCCAACGGCACUGCCGCUGCCAAUGGCACGUCGAGCACUAACGGCACCAAUGGUGCCCACAUAGCAAAUGGCGCCGGCUCCGGAAGUUCAUCGCUUCCAGGCCAGUCUUCAGGAACUCCCAAAUAUGAACCCGUCGCCAUUGUCGGUAUGGCCUGCCGUCUCCCCGGAAAUGUCUCCGAUCCCGAAGAGUUCUACGAGCUCUGCUGCCGCGCCCGCAGCGGUUGGUGCGAGAUACCCCCGGAGCGGUGGAGCAAACCCGGUUACUACCACCCAAACCCCGACAAGCUCGGUGCCUUCAAUCCAGUCGGCGGAUGCUUCUUGACGGAGGAUGUCGCCUUGUUUGACGCUCCCUUUUUCAACAUCACCGAGAGAGAGGCCAUCUCGAUGGACCCGCAGCAUCGAUUAAUCCUCGAAUGUACAUUUGAGGCCCUCGAAAACGCUGGUAUCCCCAAGCACAAACUCAUCGGCAAGAAUGUUGGUGUUUAUGCUGGUGGCUCCUUCACGGACUACGAGCUAAAUAACCUCCGAGAUCUCGACACUGCUCCCAUGUAUCAAUCGACCGGAAAUGCCCCGUCGCUCAUGUCCAACAGGAUCUCCUAUUUCUUCGACUUCCGGGGCCCCAGCCACACCAUUGAAACUGCCUGCUCAUCCAGCUUGACUGCGCUGCACAUUGCGAUGCAGAGCCUUCAAAACGGCGACUCGUCAGUGGUUGUGCUAGCCUCCAGCCAUUUGAACCUCUUGCCCGAUCAUUUCGUCUCCAUGUCUUCCCAGAGUCUCCUUUCCGGAGAUGGUAGGUCCUAUGCGUUUGAUUCCCGUGCCAAUGGUUUUGGCCGAGGAGAAGGCGCGGGCGUCAUCAUCCUCAAGCCUCUUGCGGACGCGCUCAAGGACAACGACAACAUCCGCGCUGUCGUCGUCGCGACUGGUGUUAACCAGGAUGGCCGAACUAACGGUAUUACUAUGCCGAAUGGUGAUGCCCAAUUGGAUUUGAUGCGCAGAGUGUAUGCCGAGGCCGGGCUAGAUCCAACUCUGUGUGGAUAUGUCGAGGCACACGGAACCGGCACCAAAGUCGGAGAUCCUAUCGAGAUGAAGGCUCUGCACCGGAUGUUCCACGAAGGCCGGACUAAGCAACGUCCGCUCUAUGUCGGCUCGGUGAAAACAAACGUCGGCCAUCUAGAGGGUGCUAGCGGUAUUGCGUCCCUCAUAAAAUCCACAAUGAUGCUGGAAAGAGGGUAUAUCCUACCUAACUACGACUUCCAAAAGGGGAACCCCGAAAUCCCUUUCGAUGAGUGGGGAAUAAAGGUCCCUUCUAGACUCAUUCCGUGGCCCAAGCAGAAGAAAUACAUCAGCAUCAACAGUUUCGGCUUCGGCGGAGGCAACGCACAUGCCGUUCUCGCAGCAGCUCCCAAGCGGCCAAAUGUCCAAGUUCCUUGGAAGGGAAGUGAUGUUGAACCCCGCCGGCUCUACGUUCUCUCAGCCAACAGCAAGGAGUCUCUGGCUCAGCAGAUGGAAAACCUGACAAUCUAUCUGGAGCGGCGCCCGUCCGCCUUCCAACGAGAUCUCCUUGCCAACCUUGCCUACACAUUGGGUCAGAGGAGAUCCUAUUUGCCGUACAAAGUUGCCGUUUCCGCCGUGGAUGCAAAGACUUUAAGUGUCGCAAUCGCUACAGCAAGCCCCAACCCAAGUCGAUCGACUCGAGAACCCACCAUCGGAUAUGUGUUCACCGGCCAGGGCGCGCAAUGGCACGCCAUGGGUCGCGAGCUCAUUUCCGAAUAUCCUGUCUUUAAGGAAUCCCUCGAGCGGUUCGAUGCGUGCUUGACGGCGCUCGGAGCCAAGUUCAGCCUCAUGGAAGAACUUAGUCGUGAUCCCAAGACGUCGCGUCUCUCGGAUGCGGACCUGAGUCAGCCUGGCUGCACUGCCAUUCAGGUUGCGCUCACCGAUCUCCUCGUUUCGUGGGGCGUCCGUCCUAAUGCUGUUGUCGGCCACUCGAGCGGUGAGAUUGGCGCUGCCUAUGCCGCUGGUGUGUUGUCUCUCAAUGACUGUGCAGUUAUUGCCUACAGCCGUGGCCAGGCAGUCCUCCAGCUGAAGGCUGACAAUCCCGCUCUCGAGGGUGGUAUGCUUGCUGUCGGCGCAUCUCCGGAUGAUGUUUGGCCCAUGAUUAAGACAUUGAAAUCGGGCCAGGCCACCAUUGCAUGUUUCAACAGUCCCGGAAGCAUCACUGCUUCAGGCGAUUCGGAAGCCAUUACGGAGCUGCAGCAGAAGAUCGAGGAGAAGCAGCUCUUCAACAGGAGAGUUAGGGUCGAUACUGCCUACCACUCCCAUCAUAUGGAACUAGUGUCAGGCUGGUACGGAAAGGCUGUUGGCCAACUCACUCCCGCCGCAACGUCCGACGUCGCCUUUUACUCUUCCCUCCGUGGACACCUCGUCGACUGUUCCGAGCUUGACACGUCAUACUGGGUUAACAAUCUUACGCAACCUGUCAAGUUCUCCCAGGCCCUCACAGACAUGUGCACUCCCACAGCUGGCCGUGACGAGGUCGACAUUCUUGUUGAGAUUGGACCUCACUCUGCUCUUGAGGGCCCAGUUAAGCAGAUUCUCAAGGCCAUCACCUGUACAACCAAGAAGCCCAUCUAUUUCCCCUCUCUUGUUAGGAACAAGGAUGCUGUUGAAACAACACUCAACCUGGCGGGGUCCCUGUUUACACGCGGUGCCAUCAUCGACUUUGGUGGUGUGAACUUCCCCGUCCCAACCGCAAAGCCGCUCAGGCCACUGAAGGACAUGCCGCGAUAUGCUUGGAACCAUACGACCAGAUACUGGUGGGAAUCGCGCAUCAGCAAGGCCCAUCUGCACAGGCCUUUCCCCCGAAACGACGUUGUCGGUACUCUAGCAGACUAUUCAAACGCCCUGGAACCCACGUGGCGGACUAUUAUCCGAACUGAUGAGGUUCCCUGGGUCCGAGGCCAUGUAAUGCAGGAUAUGAUUAUCUAUCCCAUGGCGGGCUAUCUCUCCAUGGCAGUUGAAGCGGUUGCCCAGCGCGCAAAACUAUCGAACCAGACAUUCGACCGUUUUCUGUUUAGGGACGUUACGAUCAGCCGUCCUCUCGUCAUCCAAGAGGGUUCUGAUUCGGAAAUCAACAUUACCCUCCGACCAUUCGCCGAGGGCACGAAACAAUCAUCCAAAAUUUGGGAUGAAUUCAGGGUAUUUUCUUGGAACCGGGACAGGAACUGGAUUGAGCACUGCCGCGGUCUCAUCCGAGUCGAGCACGGCACCGAUACCAACCCUGUCCGGGACUCGACCCAGGAAGAUCAUGCCUCCCUUGCUGAGCGAACUGCUCGAAUUGCCGCCGGUUGCCAAGAGCAAGUUGAUCAGAAGGCGUUAUACGACGAACUCGAGGGAGUGUCGGCCAAGUACAACGCGCAGUUUAAGUCCAUGGAGAACUGCACCGGCAGCGACACGAACUGCGUGGCAGACAUUGUCGUUCCCGAUACAGCGCGGGUAAUGCCAAAGGGAUUCGAGCCCCAGCUCUAUAUUCACCCGGCAUUCCUUGACCAGUUCACCCAUGCCGCUUGGGUCAUCCUGGGAGCUGGUCGCGGCCGUCUUCCAGCGCUCUAUAUGCCUCGCUUCUUCAAGAGCCUCACCAUUUCUGCCGACGUAUGCAGAGAACCUGGGGAGAAACUCCGAGUAUAUGGAGAGGGAAAUCCAAACUUUGAAAACCCUGGGUCCACCAAGAUUACCAUGUUUGCUACUACCAUGGACGGGGCUUCUGAGAGGAUUCAUAUGGAGGGCCUUGUCAUUGACCCCAUCUUCGAGGCAAGCGGUGUCUCCGACAAAGCCUCUGCAAGAGAGCUCUGCUAUCGCGUGACCUGGGAGCCUCUCGCCGCACCCGAAGUGCCAGAAUCCAAUGGCGAUGAGGUCGCCGCAAGCCCAGCUACUCUCAAGCUCACGGACAAGGUUUCCAUUAUUUGCAGCGCCAAUCAGGACAAGUCAUUGCCAUUAAGCCUGCAGCAACUCCUGGCAUCAUCCAGCCAAGCAGAGGCCGACAUUACGACGUUCGAGGAAGCGAAGACCGAUGGGAGGAUUUACGUCGUCCUCAUGGAGCUAGACUCCCCGCUCCUCUCCACCCUCAACGCAGAACGUUUCUCCCGCCUGCAGAAGCUUAUUACCUCUGCCAAGGGCCUUCUCUGGGUUGUCCGAGGUGCGUACUCCGAUUGCACUGAUCCUCAAAGCGGCAUGAUUCUCGGUCUCGCCCGAACCAUUCGCUCGGAGUCGGCUCUCAAGUUUGCCACUCUUGACCUUGACGGGAUCAACAAGCUGUCGACGGCCGAGGCGGCAAAACAGAUCCACGAGGUUGCCCAACACGUGUUUAGGAAGGGAGGUGCACCGUCUCCAGAUAUGGAGUUCCAGGAGCGUGGGGGGUCGCUGAGCGUUUGCCGUGUUGUGGACGACUUUGACAUGGACACCUUUGUCGAGCAGAAUACCAACCCCUCGACCACUCCUUUCCUCCAGCCGUUCAGCCAGCCGGGACGCCCGCUUAAGAUCCAUGUCGGAACGAAGGGUGCGCUCGACACGCUUCACUUCAUUGACGACAUCCAGGCUUCGACUCCACUUGCACCGGAUGAAGUUUCUAUCGAAGUCAAGGUUACUAGUAUGAACUUCAAGGACAUUAUGGUCUCCAUGGGUGAAGUGCCCAGCCCGUACCUCGGCGUUGAAUGCGCGGGUAUUAUCAAUGCCGUCGGCAGCAAGGUCACCGACUUGAAGGUGGGCGAUCGAGUUUGCGCCAGCUCCGAGGGUGCCUACUCGACCUAUACGCGGUGCAAAGCCACCAGCGCCGCAAAGGUGCCGGACGACAUGAGCCUCGAGGCCGCCUCCACAAUCCCCGUUGUUUUCUGCACGGCAUAUUACGGUCUCUUCGACAUUGGUCGCCUCCAGCGCGGCGAGUCCGUCCUCAUCCACGCCGCGGCAGGCGGUGUCGGCCAAGCCGCCAUCAUGCUCUGCCAGAUGAUGGGAGCCGAGAUCUACGCCACUGUCAGCAGCAUCGCCAAGAAGACGUUCCUUAUGGAGACGUACGGAAUUUCUGAAGACCGCAUAUUUUUCAGUCGCGACACGUCUUUCGCGAAGGGGAUCCAGCGCGCCACCAACGGUCGUGGCGUAGACGUCGUUCUUAACUCGCUGGCCGGAGACUCUCUCCGCGCCACGUGGGAGUGUAUGGCGCACUUUGGUCGUUUCAUCGAGAUCGGAAAGAGGGAUAUCCUUGCCAACUCCGGCUUGCAGAUGGCUGUCUUUGAGCACAAUGCCACGUUUGCUUCGGUUGAUCUUACUGUCGUAGCUGCCGAGAGGCCUCUUGUCAUGAAGCGCCUUCUUGAUGAUGUCUUCCGUCUCUUGAGCUAUGGAAGCAUCCGGCCUAUUUCCCCCAUCACAACGUUCCCUAUUUCUAGCCUUGAGACGGCAUUCCGAACACUCCAAGCCGGAAAGACACACGGCAAGAUUCUAGUCACUGCUAACGCCGAUGAUAUGGUCAAGGUCACGUAUUCCGAGAAGACUUUCAAUAACCUUCUCCGCGGCGACGCUACCUAUAUCAUUAUCGGUGGGUCGGGAGGUAUCGGUCGCAGCAUGAUCAAGUGGAUGGUUCGAAAGGGAGCCAAGAACGUAGUGAUCGUAUCCCGUUCGGAUAGAAUCUCCCCUCAAGUCGCUGAGGUUAUUGAGGACGCCAAGACACUCGGAUCUAAGGUUGUUCUGCACCGAUGCGACGUCUCCAAUGCCGACGAUGUUCAGCGCAUGGUUGGCGAGGUCAAAUCCAGCCUCCCUCCCGUCCGUGGCGUCGUCCAUAGCGCCAUGGUUCUCGAUGACGUCCUUUUCGAGAACAUGAAAUUUGGUCAGUGGGAAGAGGUCGUCAAGUCCAAGGUUGCGGGAUGUUGGAAUAUCCACACCGCACUGGCGGACGUCACUCUCGAUUUCUUCAUUGCCCUCAGUUCCGUCGCCGCUAUUAUCGGCAACCGUGGCCAAGCGGCCUAUUCGGCGGCGAACGCCUACUUGGACUCGUUUGUCCAAUACCGACGACGACUUGGGCUUGCCGCUACCGUUCUCAACCUCGCUGCCGUUAGCGACACCGGAUACCUAGCAGAGAAUGCUGAGCGCCAGAAGGAAGUCAUGGAGCAGAUCGGCGGCGAAGCAAUCAGCGAAAAGGAAAUUCUCGCUCUCGUCGCCGCUGCAAUCACCGGAAAGGCAGAAGAGACCUGCACUUCCCAAGUCGUUACGGGACUUAAGCUACCAUCGUCCUUCUCCAGCGUCUUCUGGGCGUCUGACGCCAAGUUCACUGCUCUUUGCGAGCGCACUCUGUUAGAGAAUGCUAGCGGCGAUGGAGGUGCAGUUGCGAUUUCUCCCGGUGCAGCGCUGAAGCGGGCCAAGUCGUACGAGGAGGCCCACAGCAUCGUCAUCUCGGCGCUGUUGGACAAGACCGCGGAAGUUCUCAUGCUUCCCCGAGAAGAGCUCGAUGGCACAAAGGACACGGUGUUCUACGGCCUUGACUCGCUGGUGGCUAUUGAAAUUCGAAAUUGGAUCACCCGCGAGUUUGGUGCGGCGCUUCAGAUCCUGGAUAUGCUCAGCACUCCAUCAUUUAUUGUGCUGGCCGAUACUGUUUUGCGAAAGUCGGAGAUGGUCUCGUUUGAGAAGCCAACUUGA